AUGGAAAUAGAAAUUUAAGAAGAAUUUGAUUUCUUUGUCAUAGGAGGUGGCUCAGGAGGAUUAGCAGCUAGUAAAGAAGCUGCUUAAUUUGGUGUUAAAGUAGGCUUAGCUGAUUUCGUUGACCCAACCCCAAUAGGUACUAAGUGGGGAUUAGGAGGUACUUGCGUUAAUGUAGGGUGCAUUCCUAAAAAACUUAUGCACUACGCAGCCACAUAUGGUGAAAGUAUGGAGAUGUAAAGAAUUUCUGGUUGGAAAAAUGUGAAUGAAGAAUAAAAAACCCAUGAAUGGUAAAAGCUAGUCGAAAGAGUACAAAAUAAUGUUAAAAAGACUAACUUUGGAUACAAAGUGGCACUCCGUGAGAACAAAGUCAAAUACUUCAACUACUAUGCUUCUCUUGUUGAUAAAAAUACUAUCAAAUUAGAAAACAAAACAGGUGUUAUUUAUGUGAAGGCUAAGCAUAUUCUCAUCAGCGUUGGUGGUAGACCUAAUUAUUUACCUCACAUAGAUUCUAAGUUAAUUAUUACUUCCGAUGAUUUGUUUAGUUUGCAAACACCUCCAGGAAAAACAUUAAUUGCUGGUGGCUCUUAUAUCGCUUUAGAAUGUGCAGGAUUUUUGAAUGGUCUUGGUUAUGAUGUUACAGUUUUAUAUAGAUCUGUAUUACUCAGAGGCUUUGAUUAGGAUGUUGCAGAGAGAAUGUAAACAUAUAUGGCUCAUCAUGGAGUUAAGUUUGUAUAAGGUGAAAUUAAAGAUGUUAAGUAAUUAGAAAACGAAACUAAGUAAGUAGUUUAUACAAAUGGUAGCUCUGAUACUUUUAACACAGUCUUGCUGGCAAUAGGAAGAAUACCAAACACAAAAAAAUUAGGUCUAGAAAAUGUUGGGAUACCUGUAACUAAAAGUGGUAAGAUUCAGUCCGAUGAUCUUGAUCGUACAACUGUUGAAAAUAUUUAUGCUAUCGGUGAUGCAGUAGAAGGACGUAUGGAAUUGACUCCUUUGGCUAUAAAAGCAGGAAGAUAUUUGGCUCGUAGACUUUAUAACAAUGAAAACAUUUCUUUAGAUUACAAAAUUGUACCAACUACUGUAUUUACUCCUAUUGAAUACUCUGCAAUAGGUUUAACAGAAGAAGAAGCUAUUAAAACAUAUGGCAGUGAAAAUGUAUGGUCUUAUGUUUCUAAGUUUAAACCUCUUGAGUGGGUUCUAUCAGAUAAAGAUAAUGAUUCUAGAGGUUAUUGUAAACUAAUUGUGCAUAAUAAAUAAAAUGAGCGCGUAUUAGGCCUACAUUAUUUAGGACCUCAUGCAGCAGAAGUAGCUUAAGGUUUUGCAGUCGCUAUGCAAUUAGGAGCUACCAAGGCAGAUUUUGAUAAGACUGUUGCCAUCCAUCCAUCUUCUGCAGAAGAGUUGGUGCUUCUCAAGCAAAUUAAGGGUAUCAGCGAAACUGAUGAAUGGUUAUGUUGUGGCUGA